CUGAAAGCCUGUGAAGACGAAAUUCCACCGGAAUGUCACAACCAAAUAGUUGAAAUUAGAACAGCCAUUUGUGGAUGCAUCGAGGAUACACGGGUGUAUUUGAAAAAACAACUUGCUAAGAUCGCAGGGGCCAUCAGAAACGUUGUUGAAGCGAACGAUCGCGGUGCGGCAUCAAUCGGAGGCGGCAGCAAAGUGGAGUCAUGCGUAGCAGUCAUCAAAAGCUUAGUGUUCGCGCUACUUCCUUUCGGCCACAUAUCCGCUAAAAUUUCAAUGCGUUUCGUGUGGCGACGCAUGGAUGUUCCGUUCUAG